AUGCCGGCGGCCAACAUGCUGGAGAACCUGCAGCCGCCCGCCCUGCAGGUGCCCGAGCCCCAGGGCGCGCCCGAGGGCAGCCCGCUCUGGUCCAGCUCGUCGACCCCCACGCUCCGCCGCCGGCGCUUCAAGAUGCGCCGCAUGAAGAACGUGCAGGAGCAGAGCCUGGAGGCCGGGCUGACCCGGGACCUGCCCGGCGUCCUGGCCCCGGGCAAGGAGUUCCUGCAGCUGCCGUCCAUCGAGAUCACGCCCUCCAGCGACGAGGACACCCCCUGGUCCAACUGCUCCACACCCAGCGCUUCUCCGCGCCGAAAGCGCUUCCUCCUCCGCAAGUGGCUCAGGGUGAGGGAGCGAAAGGAGUGCAGUGAAAGCAGCAGCCAACAGAGCAGCCAGCAGAGCAGCCACGACGAUGAUUCCAGCAGGUUCCUGAGUCCCAGAGCGCGGGAGGAAAGCACUGCCAGUAACUCAAACCGCAGCACGCCGGCCUGCUCCCCCAUCCUCCGCAAACGGUCUCGCUCGCCAACCCCGCAGAGCCCGGACGGAGACACCAUGGUGGAGAAGGGCUCAGAUCACUCCUCGGACAAGUCCCCGUCCACGCCGGAGCAGGGCGUGCAGCGCAGCUGCUCCUCACAGUCUGGCCGGAGUGGCGGCAAAAAUUCCAAGGUACGGGUGGCCUUCGCCAGAUGUUUGCAGGUGAAGACUGUGACUGUAGCUCCCUCAGCAGGGCAACAGUUGGUUAAAAGCCAGAGUUGGUAUAAUGUAUUAAGCCCAACUUACAAGCAGAGAAAUGAAGACUUCCGAAAGCUCUUUAAGCAACUUCCAGACACGGAGCGUCUCAUUGUUGAUUACUCAUGUGCACUCCAAAGAGACAUUCUUCUUCAGGGCCGACUCUACCUCUCUGAAAAUUGGAUCUGCUUCUACAGCAACAUCUUCCGCUGGGAAACUCUGCUGACGGUCCGUUUGAAAGACAUCUGCUCCAUGACUAAAGAGAAAACAGCUCGCCUCAUUCCCAAUGCCAUUCAAGUUUGCACUGACUCUGAAAAGCACUUUUUCACGUCGUUUGGGGCUCGGGACAGGACAUAUAUGAUGAUGUUCCGGCUCUGGCAGAAUGCACUCCUGGAAAAGCCCCUCUGCCCCAAGGAGCUCUGGCACUUCGUUCACCAGUGCUACGGGAAUGAACUGGGCCUUACCAGUGACGAUGAGGACUACGUGCCCCCUGAUGAUGACUUCAACACGAUGGGCUACUGUGAGGAGAUCCCCGUGGAAGAGAACGAAGUGAACGACAGCUCAUCCAAAAGCAGCAUCGAGACCAAGCCGGAUGCCAGUCCGCAGCUCCCCAAGAAAUCCAUCACCAACAGCACGCUGACGUCCACAGGGAGCAGCGAGGCCCCUGUCUCGUUCGAUGGCCUGCCCCUGGAGGAGGAGGUGCUGGAGGGCGAGGGGUCCCUGGAGAAGGAGCUUGCCAUUGACAACAUCAUGGGGGAGAAGAUUGAGAUCAUUGCGCCUGUCACCUCCCCUUCGCUGGACUUCAAUGACAACGAGGACAUCCCCACUGAGCUCAGUGACUCUUCCGACACCCACGAUGAAGGGGAGGUCCAGGCCUUCUACGAGGACCUGAGCGGCCGGCAGUAUGUGAACGAGGUCUUCAACUUCAGUGUGGACAAGCUCUACGACCUGCUGUUCACGGACUCGCCCUUCCAGCGGGACUUCAUGGAGCAGCGGCGCUUCUCCGAUAUCAUCUUCCAUCCGUGGAAGAAGGAAGAGAACGGAAACCAGAGCCGAGUGAUCCUGUACACCAUCACCCUCACCAACCCUCUGGCUCCGAAAACUGCCACCGUCAGGGAGACGCAGACCAUGUACAAGGCGAGCCAGGAGAGCGAAUGCUACGUGAUCGACGCCGAGGUCCUGACGCACGACGUGCCCUACCACGACUACUUCUACACCAUCAACCGCUACACGCUCACCCGCGUGGCUCGGAACAAGAGCCGGCUCAGGGUCUCCACAGAGCUGCGCUACCGCAAACAGCCCUGGGGCUUGGUGAAGACGUUCAUCGAGAAGAACUUCUGGAGUGGGCUGGAGGACUACUUCCGCCACCUCGAGAGCGAGCUGACCAAGACGGAGAGCACGUACCUGGCUGAGAUGCACAGACAGUCUCCCAAAGAGAAGACCAGCAAGGCCCCGGCGGUUCGGAGGAGGAAGCGUCCCCAUGCCCACCUGCGGGUGCCUCACUUGGAAGAGGUGAUGAGCCCCGUCACCACACCCACCGAUGAAGACGUGGGCCACAGGAUCAAACACGUGGCAGGUUCCACGCAGACACGGCAUAUCCCCGAGGACACCCCUAACGGUUUCCACCUGCAGAGUGUGUCCAAGCUGCUGCUGGUUAUCAGCUGUGUGAUCUGUUUCAGUCUGGUGCUGCUGGUCGUCCUUAACAUAAUGCUGUUCUACAAACUCUGGAUGUUGGAAUACACCACCCAGACCCUCACCGCCUGGCAGGGUCUGAGGCUCCAAGAAAGGUUACCCCAGUCUCAGACAGAAUGGGCCCAGCUCUUGGAGUCCCAACAAAAGUACCACGAUACAGAGCUCCAAAAAUGGAGAGAGAUCAUCAAAUCCUCGGUGAUGCUUCUUGACCAGAUGAAGGACUCGCUUAUCAAUCUCCAGAACGGCAUCAGGUCCCGAGACUACACGUCAGAAAGUGAAGAGAAGAGGAACCGCUAUCACUGACAAGGCAGGAGCAGGGGGGGCUGCGAGAGGCCCGUGCAAUACGUGUACAUAGAUCGUAUAAAUAGAUAUAUAUAAAUAUAUAUAUAUACAGAAUAUAAAUAUAUAUAUAUUAUAUACAGAUUUUAAAAAGAGAUAAUGCCUAUGUACCAGGGAGAAGGAGCGGGCCCGCCUCCUGUGCUGGUCGGUGGAGGGGCUGAGGAGGGCAGGGACCACCUCUCAGCACCGACCUCCCCUGAUCCUCCCCACUCCCACCCCCACCCCCGCCCCCGCCCUUCCCCUCCUGGCCGUUCCAGGCUCUGAGAAGGGAAAUGUUGUUGAGCCAAAGUCAUGCCUGUGAAGACCCUGGGGUCUCGAAGUCUCAAGGGGCUUAAGGUGCUUCAUUCCCGAAUCCCCUUCUUGAUUUGUUUCCAAAAUAAAAGAGAAUCUUUUCUUCCCUA